AUGGCUGACUUCACAGAGGUUGCUAAGCAAUUCGUCGAAUUCUACUACAAGACCUUUGAUGAGAACCGGGGAGGUCUUGGAGCCCUCUACCGCGAUGAGUCGAUGCUGACAUUCGAAACCACAUCCGUCAAAGGAGCUCCUUCCAUUCUGGAGAAGUUGACUACCCUACCGUUCCAGAAAGUUGCCCACCAAGUAGCUACCCUCGACGCCCAGCCGUCAAACGGGCAAGGUGGAAUCAUGGUCAUGGUCACCGGCGCUCUCCUGGUCGACGACCAACAAACGCCCAUGAACUACAGCCAGUCCUUCCAGCUCCUCCGCGACAGCAACGGAAACUACUUUGUCUUUAACGACGUUUUCCGCCUCGUCUAUGGCUCUUAA